AGAAAGAAAGAAAGAAAGAAAGAAAGAAAGAAAGAAAGAAAGAAAGAAAGAAAGGGGGAGGAGGGGAAGGAGGAGGAGGAAGAGAAGGAGGAUGAGAGGACGAAGAGGAGGAGGAGGAGAGAACAAGAGGAGCAAGAGCAAGGACACUGA